GGCUGAACAGGGCCCUGAUACCCUCAUCAUCUUUCCCACGCGGCACGUCGGCACCAGCCAGUAGCUGAGCCUCGGCAUCUACGUAUCUUCUACAGACGUCUGGUUCGAUAGGCGGACUACAUACUAGCUUACAGCUUCACACGACUGUGUGGUGUUUUUGGCGGUGUCGGGACACGCCACGAAGCAUCACAUCACCAACUACCGUUUAACACAGGCACAAUGGCGGACGUUCCACUUCUGGUCGUCUCCGAAAACUCGUCAGCAGAGCGCCGUAUCACCCCGGCGUGGCCAAUCAGCACACUCAAGGCAAAGCUAGAAACCGUCACUGGAAUACCUCCUUCAGCCCAGAGGCUCCUGCUCAAGACCGCAGCUGAGGGAAGUAUUCCCAUCGAGGCCAGCGAUGAAGACUCAACACAACUGAGCACGUUCCAUCUGACUGCAUAUGCCGAACUGCACGUUCUGGACACUCGGCCUCCUGGUGCCAGGCCCAACUACACAGAUGCUAGCGGCGUCGAGAAAUACGUGAUGCCGGAGGAGGAAUACGCCAAGAAGACCGACUCGGUACUCGCCUGGAAGAAAUCUGAAAAGCUCGGUCGAUUCGACCCCAACGCCCCCAGCCGAGAGGAAGCCAAGAUUGCGGCCUUCGCUCAGGAGGUGCGCGACCGUGGCAUCGAGACUGGGAGGCGGUGCCGUGUUGGAGGCGAUGAUACGCGAAGAGGCACCGUCAUGUACGUGGGCGACGUGAAGGAGAUCCCCAGCGGCUCAGGUGCGUGGGUUGGCAUCCAGCUUGACGAGCCGGUUGGAAAGAACGACGGCAGCAUCAACGGCGCCAGGUACUGGGGCGAGCCUUCGGGCAUGAAGCAUGGCGUCUUUGUUAGGCCCGAGAGGGUGGAGAUCGGCGACUUUCCCGCGAUGGACGAUCUGGGCGAUAUGGAGGAAAUCUGAUGCGGCUGCUGGCCCGGACAGGCCCGCAGCGACGCGGUAGACCAGGACCACGACAACGUUGCAUGGUGUUGGUGAUACUCAACCAAGAAAGAAACUGGAAGUGGCUGCUUCGUCCCAAGUCCUCAUAAAUAGGCCGGCUUCUCGUGCAGCCGAGAAAUGCUUGCCCUCGGCGUAGUUGCCUCUAAGGGACUCGUGGAUCGCGGCUCCCGUGCCAUUCCGCGCGGCCAAACGUCCGAACCCUGCUCGCAAGACUUUUGACGAGGUUUCACCCGAUCCUUCUCUCGAAGGGCACAGAGGCCAUCACGCCUGGGCUUUUCGAUAUGCUGCGCACCGUUCGGACCAGCCAGCAGCCAUGGCGCUCAACGUCUUGUCUUGACCAUGCCCACACAAGCUCCAAGCGCCAUAAUUGCGACGAGACGAUCGCCGCAGGGCAGCACUGGGGCAGGAUUCAUCCUCCGCAGGUGUGCUUUAUGCCAUCCGCCCUUUGAGCAUGGCCUAGAAACAGCGCCAGUCCUGAGGCGGCUGAGGCAUCAUCGGAUCGCAUACCGGUACCGCGUAGGAGAAUAGGGGAGUUUCUUAAUUUUUUAUUGCGGGGAAUGAGACGGGGUUAGAAGACAUGUUGCUUGGCAAAAGCGAUGUGCCGGAUCACGUCUUUGAUUGAUUGGUCCUUGGGAGGGCGGGAGAGGCUUCAGCCUGAAGUGGGCGCGGUGUUGAUCAGUCUUAUUCUCCUACACGCAGGCGCUGGGACCCGGUGUUCUUGUCCGAGAAAUGGGAGGAUGACAGUCGAGGCAGGCUUGGGAGCGGCGUGUCCCGGCAUGCACCCCUCCAACCUCAAACCGAUGCCGUGUGAGGCUCAAAACCUGCUACAUGGGGUCCCCCAUGCAGUGCAAUGCCGUGAGAUUUUGAGCCUCAUCGACACUAGCCUCGCCUGAGGACGACCCUUGAGGUGCAUCUCCAGUUUGUUCGGACUAUUAUCCGGCAUGCAAGGCGGGACGGGCAUAUUGCACAUGUACGGCCUCGAGAAAAUUGGACUAGAUGGAUGUGGCUGGACGGCUGGACGGCUGGACGGCUGGCUUGUGUUGCGGCUCUUUGCCAAUGCCGCGCUCGACCUCGUCGGUCGGGGGCACUGACUGGUUUGGAGAGUAGCUGGGGCCGGUUCGUUCAGGGGCCACAUGGAGGCUCCGAGAGCAUGGAGACCCCGAGACAGGGUGAAGAGGGCCAGAAGCUAGCUAGGGCCGGGCUGGCUGGGGCUAGGGCUGUCGGCGGUUGGAUGGGCUGAUGGAGCAGUUGGGGAUGCCCAGGAGGGCAAGGGGCUCGGCCGUCCGAUUUCGAAUGCGGAGUACUAUUCUAUGUAGUAGAUAAAUAAACAAGAGACCUGACACAUG